AUGUUAAAAACAUCCGUCUUGUUGGCAUGCCUUGCACUCACGGUGAGUCAUUUCAAAACCUCCAUUUGUACAUUUGUAGCGUCAAAAAAGUGUUUUCUAACUCCAUUCCUUUCACUUCCCGUCAUGAAACUCUACAGAAGCAUUCAGGCAUUGGGAGUGACUCUUGCCUCUGCCCAAAACUAUUUCAAAGUGCUCAUUAGGGAAAUUGACAAUCCAGCUGGAACACUUCUUGACGGUCAGCCAUGCGGAGAGUUUGGAUUUCUGGGAGUCGGAUGUAAUGUCUAUUUGAGGGCCGCUGUGAGCGCAACCGGUAAAAAUGUGUCAUCAAAUGAUACUUUAGCGUUGUCUGGCCCAAUCAAUUCUCAUAUGGAAACAAGGAUUUCGAAUUUGAACUUGGUUGUUUCUGAUGACCAAGCAAGUACGGCAGAAUCGUUCAGUAGUUUCGACCUCCACAUAGCCCUUGCAACUGACAGUAAUUUUACCAAAUUCAUUGAUGACUACGUGAUCCACAUCUCCACAAACCAGGAACAAGGUGUCUACACUUACACCAAUCUUCGCCCUGGUACUCUUUCCACAACCGUCUCCAUCGCCUGGUCCACAAACAUCGCUCCACCAAGUACCACCAGCACCCCAGAGCCAACUACUACUGGAGUUCCAUUUACAGGAUCAACUCUUCCUCCAACUACUAGUAAAACUUUUUUAAGUAACUUUAUUAUAAUAGAGUUAUUUCAGCUCCAAAGCCACCAAUCGAUUGUUCCGAAGUUGUCAAUAAGACAUCCGGAGUUCAAACCAUCUAUCCAGAUGGUGUUAAUCCAGUCCGUCCGAGGAACUAUUGGCCAAAAUAUUACUUUCGACUACCCACAUGUGUCCAACUAUUCUACUUCAUUUGGAACACCUGAAAAGGGAAAUAACUAUUGGUUCGGAUUGGAAAACAUGUACUUAAUUAGUGGUGUGAAAAAUUAUACUCUUCAAAUUGACCUUUGCUGUGGAACGAAAUUGAUUGCUAAGCAGAUUUAUCACAAAUUCCAGGUUGGAGCCGCUGCUAAUAAUUACGCUCUAAGUGCUAAGGCAGAUAUUGCUGGAGUCGGACUUGACUACUCAUCCUCAGGUAAGGACUUGGCUGCGAAAUUCUCAACCUACACGGACUGGAACGGACCUAAAAGCAAAGAUUCUUGCGACCAAUUCGAAUUUUGGGAUGAUAACAAAGAUAUUGGACCUUCAAACGCAUAUGGGGGUUGGUGGUAUGGAAGCUGUGGAAACAAUUUGAACGGAUUCUUGUACCCAUCUAACGCUGGUAACUGCACUCUUGACUUGACAAAGUUUGAUGCGAACAAACUGUUGGGAGUCAACAUGAGAACGACAUCUGGACAAGGAUACGCAGGAUACGAUGUUGAUUUGCAUUGCUUUUUUCUUCCACGGUUAUCUAGUUUCCAAUGGGUCACAGUUUGCCUGCUACAAAAACUACGUUUCUUGAAAACCAAUUCCGUAAAAAAUGUGAUUAGUUUCAACGUCAUUCGACUGGUCAGAAGAACAAUAAUGUUGUUUUCAGUGCAACCCCAGACAACUAUUUUUUGCGAAGGGAAAUAG